UACCUCCCUUUGAACUGCGGUGGCGGGCGGGCCCACAGUCUCCUACACGGCUCAGAGUAGGCUCCGCCAUCUCCAUGGCCACGGCUGCGAGUCGGCCGUGUGCCGGCGGGUCGCGAGACAUCCUGUGGCGUGUUUUAGGCUGGAGGAUAGUUGCAAGUAUUGUUUGGUCGGUGCUGCUUCUGCCCAUCUGUACCGCAGUAUUUAUAAUCUUUGGUAGCAUUGAUUUAUUUCAUCCUAUAAAGUGGCUGUCAGAUUCUUUCAAUGAUUUAUAUAGUUCCUAUAUAAUCUUUUACCUUCUGCUGCUGUCAAUGGUAAUAGUGAUAAUAAGUAUUUUCAAUGUGGAGUUCUAUGCAGUUGUGCCUUCCAUUCCCUGCUCCAGACUGGCAUUGAUAGGGAAGAUCAUUCACCCUCAGCAGGUCAUGCACUCGUUUAUUCAUGCUGCAAUGGGAAUGGUGGUGGCUUGGUGUGCUGCAGUGAUGUCCAAGGGCCGAUACAGUUUUCUUGUUGUUCCCUGCACAGGUACUGAGAGCUUAGAUCCCCCUGCUGUACAAACCUGCUUAAAUGAAUAUCACCUUUUUUUCCUACUGGCUGGAGCAUUCAUGGGCUAUAGCUAUAGUCUUCUGUAUUUUGUUAACAACAUGAACUAUCUUCCAUUUCCCAUCAUACAGCAGUACAAGUUCUUGCGCUUUAGGAGAUCUCUGCUCUUACUAGUUAAACACAGCUGUGUGGAAUCCCUAUUCUUUGUUAGAAAUUUCUGCAUCUUGUAUUAUUUUCUUGGCCAUAUUCCCAAAGCCUGGAUUAGCACUGCUAUGGACCUUCAGAAAGAUGAGCAGUUACAUCCUCUUAACACUGUGAGUGGCCUCUUGAAUCUCUCAUUAUUCUACCAUGUCUGGCUGUGUGGUGUCUUUCUUCUGAUGACUUGGUACAUCUCAUGGAUGCUCUUCAAAAUCUAUGCCACAGAGGCUCAUCUGUUCCCUGUUCAGCCACCAUUUGCAGAAGAGUCAGAUGAAUGCCUCCCUAAAGUUUUAAACAGCAAUCCUCCCCUCAUUAUAAAGUAUUUGGCUUUACAGGACCUGAUGUUGCUUUCUCAAUAUUCUCCUUCACGAAGACAAGAAGUUUUCAGCCUUAGCCAACCAGGUGGGCAUCCCCACAAUUGGACAGCCAUUUCAAGGGAGUGUUUGAAUCUUUUAAAUGAUAUGACUCAGAAACUGGUUCUUUGCCAAGAGGCUGCUGCUACAAAUGGGCGAGUGAUGUCUUCAUCAUAUCCAGUGGAACCUAAGAAAUCAAACUGUUCAGAAGAAACUACUUUUCACACACCGAAAGCGAGCCAGAUGACUAGACCUUCAGUGCCACCAUUAGUUAAAACAUCCUUGUUUUCUUCAAAAUUAUCUACACCUGAUGCUGCAAGUCCCUUUGGGACUCCCUUUGGCUCUAGUAUAGUGAAUCGGAUGGCUGGAAUUUUUGAUGUAAACACCUGCUAUGGGUCACCUCAGAGUCCUCAGCUAAGAAGAAGAGGGCCAAGAUUAUGGACUUCUGCUUCUGAUCAGCAAAUGACUGAAUUUUCUUAUCCUUCUCCGUCUACCUCUGUUUAUGCUGAGGUUAAGACUGUGGGACAGUCCAGUGUAAUCUAUUCAUGGAUUCAGAAUAAACGUGAACAGAUUAAGAAUUUCUUGUCAAAACGGGUACUGAUAAUGUAUUUUUUCAAUAAGCACCCAGAGGCCUCUAUUCAGGCUGUUUUUUCAGAUGCCCAAAUGCACAUUUGGGCAUUAGAAGGUCUGUCUCACUUAGUAGCAGCAUCAUUUACAGAAGAUAGAUUUGGAGUCGUCCAGACCACACUACCAGCUAUUCUUAAUACUUUGCUGACACUGCAAGAGGCAGUUGACAAGUACUUCAAGCUUCCUCAUGUUUCCAGUAAACCACCCCGGAUUUCGGGAAGCCUUAUGGACACCUCUUAUAAAACAUUAAGAUUUGCAUUCAGAGCAUCACUAAAAACUGCUAUCUAUCGAAUAACUACUACUUUUGGUGAACAUCUGAAUGCUAUGCAAGCAUCUGCAGAACAUCAGAAAAGACUUCAACAGUUCUUGGAGUUCAAAGAAUAGUUAAGUAAUAUAAACUGUGUUCAUUACACUGCUGAUACAACUACAGAUGGGAGAGUAAAUGUUCAGCAUUCUUGGAUCAGAAGAAAAUGGACUAAUUAGAUGCUUCCUUUGUCGUGGUGGUUGCUUUGAAAACUAUACUUUAAUGGGAGAAAUCAUGGAAAGAAAUUCUCAACAGAAAAACUGAAAACUGCCUUUUCUGAACCGAUUGCUUUUUUGUGUGUGUGGUAUAAUAAAGUCUUUAUUCAGUUUUACAGAAGCAUCUAUGGCUGUACAAAUGUCUCUAGCUCAUAUAACUUAAUAACUUGAAAAUUUUUAGAAUUUAUUUUUGAGAAGAGUUAAAUCAGUUCAGAAGAUAAAUUAAAUUGACUUGAUACAGUCUUCCUUCCUAAUCAUUCUAAUCUCUGUAAGCUUGAAAUACAUAAACUUUUAAAAGAGUAGUUUCUGUUUACUGACGGAUAAAAAUGGUAACAGUGGAGAAAAGUUCACAGAAAAAAAUAUUGUCUAAAGGACAUAUUUUGUUAAUCUGUUAGGUUGUGUUUUUGUUUCCAGGGACAAAUUAAAUUUGCAUGAUUGUCCAAAAAAAAAAAAAAAAAAGUCUCAGUUUACAGAUGCUAACUCUGUAUAAA